CUCAAAGACAGUGCCCGGGCUAUAAAAGCGCGCCCUGCCGCAGUUUCUAUUCAUUGGAUUAGCACCAUGCUGAAGUUCGUGAUCUUGUUGUCCGCCGUUGCCUGCGCCCUGGGAGGUACCAUCCCCGAGGGUCUCCUGCCCCAGCUGGAUGGCCGCAUUGUCGGAGGUACCACUACCACCAUCUCCAGCUUCCCCUGGCAGAUUUCCCUGCAGCGCAAUGGCGGCCACUCCUGCGGUGGCUCCAUCUACUCCAACAACAUCAUCGUGACCGCCGCUCACUGCCUGCAGUCCGUGUCCGCCUCCUCCCUGAAGGUCCGUGCUGGAUCCUCCUACUGGAGCUCCGGCGGCACCCUGGUCAACGUGGCCUCCUUCCGCAACCACGAGGGCUACAACGCCAACACCAUGGUCAACGACAUCGCCGUCAUCCGCCUGAGCUCUUCCCUGACCUACGGCUCCGCCAUCAAGGCUAUUGGUCUGGCCUCCUCAAACCCUGCUAAUGGAGCCAGUGCUACCGUGUCCGGCUGGGGCACUCAGUCCUACGGAUCCAGCUCCAUCCCCUCCCAGUUGCAGUACGUCAACCUGAAGAUCGUUAGCCAGGCGCAGUGUGCCUCGUCCACCUACGGAUAUGGCAGCCAGAUCAAGAGCACCAUGCUUUGCGCUUAUACCGUCGGCAAGGAUGCCUGCCAGGGUGAUUCCGGUGGCCCUCUGGUCUCUGGUGGAGUCCUCGUCGGUGUUGUGUCCUGGGGAUACGGAUGCGCCUACACCAACUACCCUGGAGUAUACGCCGAUGUUGCCACUCUUCGCUCCUGGGUGAUCAGCACUGCUAACAGCAUCUAAGCAAUGUUGGCAACGCAUUAAUAAUGUUUCAAUAAAAAUGUUUAACAAACAA